AUGCUUAAUAGCCAGCAGGUGAACGACUUUCAGCGGCAGGGCUACCUUGUGCUGAACAAUUUCUUCACCAACCAACAAGUCUCUCGAUUGCGCGAAGCGGCGCUUGGCAUUGUCGACGACUUCGAUAUUGACGAACACCGGACUGUUUUCAAAACGACUGACCGAGAUGCCGACCGAGACGACUAUUUCUUCGACUCAGCUGAAGCGAUUCACUGUUUUCUGGAAGAAGAUGCGGUGGAUGCCAGCGGUCAGCUGACCCAGCCCAAAGAACUGGCGAUCAAUAAGAUCGGCCAUGCCAUUCACGACCUGGAGCCCACUUUCAGCAAUUUCUGUCAGCUACCACAGAUCGGCGAGGUGCUGAGAGAGGUUGGCUACCAAGCACCUCUGCUAUGGCAAAGCAUGUAUAUUUUCAAGCAACCACAGAUCGGCGGCGAAGUACGGUGGCACCAGGACGCCAGCUACUUGAUCAGUGAGCCGGCAACGGUCAGUGGUCUUUGGGUAGCCAUCGAGGAUGCAACACGCGACAACGGUUGUAUGUGGAUGCAGCCGGGCCAACACCAAUCGCCGCUUCGCGAAAUCUACGAAGUCGACUGGGAAGCCCGUCACGGACAACUGCGUAUUUUGGACGAAACGCCUUGGGAGUCUGCGACAACCCCUGUUGCCCUGGAGGUAGCAGCCGGCAGUGCGGUGCUGUUCAAGGAUCAUAUGCCGCACUACAGUUCGAAGAACCUAUCAGACCAGUCGCGCCACGCCUUCACCAUACAUAUCGCUGAACAAGGUGCGCUGUGGUCGAAAAAGAAUUGGUUACAGCGACCGCGGCUUGGGGCCUUCGAACUCUAA